AGUGAAGUGACGUAGAGCUGCUGAGUCAAACAGCGGCGCGCGACAGUGCACAGCGCUAACCGGAGGAGAGGUAAACACGGCUUUAUUUACGUGUGUACAGGAGAUAAACACGGUAGCUAUGACGACAGACUCCUCUCUCCUCAACUCUGAGCUGGAGUUACAGCAGCAGGAGGAGCUGUACCAACAGCUACUGUUACAGACGAUGGGACAGAUACAUACUGAAAAUCCAGACUCCAAAGUAAUACGACCACAACCUGGCAUGUGUGUGAAGACUCUCUCAGAGCCAGACAAGCAGAAGGUCUUCGUCAACAUCUGUCAGUCGAACUCCGUCCCGCUGCCACCAGAGCUCUCCAGAGAGGAGCUGUUGGAGCUGCUCCAGUCAGAAGAUCCCAGCGGCUACAGAGUUCCCAUGAGCCUCGGCGAGCCACACACAGAAGUCGACAACAACUCUCAGGCCUGCACAGCAUAUGAUGUCGUCAUCAACCAGGAGUUCUUCCAGAAGUGUGCCAGGUGUAAGGAUCCUCUGUUCCAGCAGUUUGUUAUUCUGGUGUCUUUAGAGGGUUUGGAGAACAAGUACAGUCUGGAGCUGAGCAGAGACUGGAAAGUGCUGAAGAACAGAAAGUUUUUGGGUUCUGUUAGUGAGCAGAACAUUCGGACAAAGAGCAGACCUGUGAUUCAAGAGCUGCAGCCUCAGGAGUGCUCUGCUGUGACGGCCAAAAGACCAGAGUUCACGCUGCUGGUGGAGCCCCCUGCUGGUGCCCCGGAGUACCUCAUCGCUGAAAUAAAGCUGCCCGGAGUGCCGUCGUCUCGCUCGCUGGUCCUGGACGUCGGAGAGGACCGGCUGGUGCUGACGGCUCGGCCCUCGCUCUUCCAUCUCGACGUCUUCCAUCAGUUUCUCGUCGACCAGGAGAGCAGCGUGGCUCAGUACAACGGCAGCACUGAGAUCCUCACAGUCACGAUGCCUGUGGUGUCUUCAUGAAAUUACAGAAACGCACUUCUAUUUAUUUAUUUUUGUUCAAAAAUGUAAAAAAUAAACCUGUUUUUUGUAAAGUGUUUCUCUGUGUCAUUUGAUUCAUGACUUGAAUCCCACUUUGCGGUGCUCCUGGCUCCUUUCUGAACCCUCUCUGUGCCCACUAACGAUUCACUCGACUCACGACUCGAUUCACAAACACGAUUUUCUCAUGAUGUUUUGUAAAUAAAAUAUGAAAUUACAGAAAAA